AUGAAUCAUCUCGCUGAUCCUCAGAAGAAGACCUCCAUUGGCCAGCUCCUCAAUCCCCUUGAAUCUGUCGGGGACGCUGCAUAUCACAAUGGCCAGGUGCACAGUAUCAAUGAUUCUGCCCAGCAGCAGGUGCAUCAUGAUCAUCAUGGCGUGCCAGCCUAUCCUCCGCAAUACAACAGCAACCCGUCGUCUUUCAACUUGCGUGCGGCAAAUUGGGAGAUGCCAGACGACUCAGAGCGAAGGAAGCCUGACAAUGUCGCGACAGCUACGCGUCAAUACCAGCACAUUCCACAAAUGAAUGGGCCUGGCGUAUACGGAGAACAGCCGGCACGAAUGGUACGACCUCGGAUGGAGGCCCCUAAUGGCUACCCAAUAGAGGGGCAACAAGUGUGGCAGCAGCCUCAAGAUAUGCAAACUAUGCAAUACGGACCUCCGUCUGGAAUUGCACCCAUGUACUCUGAUGAAAGGACGGCUAUUUCAGGCGACUAUCCCCCGCAAGGCCAGCAUAAUUACCACCCCGGGUACUCAGAAUCCUCCGCCGCACCUGUGUGGCAAGCAACGCAACGAGCGUCCGUCCGUCUUGCGGCUCGCGGUACGAUGCCUCCAGGGCCUCAAGACCCUCGUUAUCACCCUCAACAGUAUUAUCAACCGGGUAUAUAUGCGCCCAUGCCAUACUUCCCUCCUGAUGAUCACACACAAACCAAUUCAAUGGCUCAAAAGCGUUCCGCGCCAGAUCCUGAUGACACCGCUGGCUCCAAGCAGAAGAAAACUAAAAGUAGGGCGAAAUCCGUGGGAGAAGGUGGUCCCGGUCCCUCCCGGCGUGGAUACAAUGCCAAAAAGCGUAGUGAAGCAGCACAGAUCGCGGCGCAGAAUGCCCAGCUCAUUCCUACGGUGUCCUACGUCAGCGAUAAAGGGAAGGAGAAAGCUUCCGAAGAUGGUCGAUCAACAGCAAGCCAAGAUAGUCUCGCCCCACAAAAUCCUGCGUCGUCUGGUUCUGCGAUGCUUACGACAGAGCUCCAGUUCGCACGCUGUAUGUCAAAUCGAUAUAGAUCUGAACAGUUCCCUCGUUGCGUUUCGUGUACCCGUCGCUGGGCUGGCGAUACAUGUCGUUUUCAAGGAAUACGCUUCUUCCUGAAAGAUCAACACCGGAAUAUUGUUGGUAUCAGCUUUGUCGAAAGCCAGAAACCCGAUGCUCCUUCCAUGAACUUCCCCACUCAGUGGAAUAUAUCACUUAAACCUGAGCAUAUUCGAUCUACGAAGCUGACCGUCGCAAGAGCGCUGCUCCCUACCCUCCGCAAAGAAAUGAAACACCUUGAGUUACCUGAAGUCAUUCGUCGUCCCCGUGAAAGCGAAGUACGCGCCACUUGCGAUACCUGUAUGACAUCCAUCUUCUCUAGUACGUGGAUGUGUCGCCUCUGUGGACGAGAGGCCUGCGAAGAAUGCUACGAACAGGUCAAAGACUUGACAAUGGAUCGUCCUGGCGCUGGUCAAACCGAAAUUGCGGCGCUACAAGCACGUCGAGAAAAGCAUGCGCACAGCAAUCCUUUCUUCCUUUCCUGCACUCGGCGGAACGAACACACUUCGAAAGAGUUUUCUCCCGUUUCUCGAUUCUGCAAGGAAGAGCUGGCCCAGGCGAUAGCCGCCAUGGAUGCUCUUGUCAAAGAAGAAGAUGCUAAUCAGGCAACUUCCGGCAGUGAUGCCACCGAUGGCGGUGUCAAUGGUGUGGCCGAUGGCGCCCAGGGACAUCAACACCCUAAUAAAACAUAUCCCAAUCCUUCUAAUGGCCUAGCACCCCAGGGCGACGCGACAAAUGCUCAAGAGGAGACUCCCAGCCACGAUGUUACACAUCUUCCCGAUGACAAAAUGACGGAUGAAAUAUUCCGUUCACAUUGGGUGAAGGGAGAACCUCUAGUAGUGACCGACGUCUUGAACAAGUUCCGGAUUGAAUGGACUCCGGAGUACUUCAUUGAGAAGUAUGGCGGCCAGAACUGCUUGAUCAUCGAGUGUCAGACCGAGGAGAACAAGCGUACUUCUGUCGCUGAAUUCUUCAAAGACUUCGGAAAGUACGAGGACCGGAAGUCUUGCUGGAAGCUGAAGGAUUGGCCAUCGUCUACUGAAUUCAAAGCUGCAUUCCCAGAGUUGUACGAAGAUUUCGCUAACGCCGUUCCCGUUCCCAACUAUGUGAGACGAGAUGGAGUGAUGAACAUUGCCUCACAUUUCCCCUACAAUACGAUAUCACCCGAUCUAGGACCCAAGAUGUACAACGCCUAUACUUCCACCAGCAAUCCAGGCAGCAAGGGAACGACAAGGCUGCACAUGGAUAUGUCAGAUGCCGUGAACAUCAUGACGUACGCUGCUCCAACCAUCACUGGAGAACCUGGAUAUGCUGCAUGGGAUCUCUUCCGCUCUCAGGACAGUGAUAAGCUUCGGCAGUUCUUGCGAAAGAGGUUCAAGGGAGCAUUCCAGAACGACCCUAUCCACGCUCAGCAGUUUUAUUUGGAUGAACAGCUUAGGCGGGAAUUGUGGGAGACGGCGGGAGUAAAGAGCUUUAGGAUCUAUCAACGACCAGGGCAAGCAGUCUUCAUCCCUGCUGGUUGUGCCCAUCAGGUUGUUAAUCUAGCUGACUGCAUAAAAGUCGCUAUCGACUUCGUUAGCCCGGAAAAUAUCGCACGAUGCGAACAGCUCACACGGGAAUUCCGAGAACAAAACCAGAGCAUGGUGUGGAAGGAGGACGUGCUGCAGCUGCGCACAAUGAUGUGGUUCGCGUGGCUCUCAUGCUGUCGACAAGAACAGUAG